UUAUUUGGCAAUGUCAUCAAGAACCAUGUUUGUAUGUAUAAAUACAGACAACAUAUGAUUCGAUCCUUUCAUCGAUCCUCACCUCUCACAAUUAACUAAUUACUCGAAAGAAUAGUUUCUCUUUGCUAGACAUGGCUCGUCCCUUCUCGUUGCGAAUGCUCGGCUUUUGCAUCGGCUACUACGUUCUCCUUUGUGUCGCGAGUUGGGUUGAAGCCGACGUGAAGAGAUACCAAUUCAAUGUUCAAGUGACGAAUGUGAGCCGGUUGUGCCAUGCCAAGCCGAUCGUGACGGUCAACGGGAUGUAUCCCGGGCCGACGAUCCGUGCUCGCGAGGGAGACCGGGUUGUAAUCAAUGUCACCAACAAUGCUCAAUACAACAUGUCGAUUCAUUGGCAUGGAUUGAAGCAAUAUCGGAACGGGUGGGCGGACGGGCCGGCGUACAUUACGCAGUGUCCGAUCAAGACGGGGAGUAGCUAUGUUUAUGACUUCAACGUAACUGGACAACGGGGGACUUUGUGGUGGCACGCGCAUAUUCUUUGGCUUAGGGCUACCGUCUACGGCGCCAUCGUGAUUUUGCCUCCGAAAGGGACUCCUUUCCCCUUCCCCCAACCCGACCGGGAGGAACUCGUCGUGUUUGGAGAAUGGUGGAAUGAGGAUGUGGAGGAGGUCGUGAAACAAGGGAACGACCUCGGAUUGCCUCCGAACAUGUCCGAUGCUCAUACCAUCAACGGCAAACCCGGGCCGUUGUUUCCAUGCUAUGAGAAACAUACGUUCGCGAUGGAAGUCGAGCAAGGGAAGACGUACCUUUUGCGCCUAAUCAACGCGGCCCUCAACGACGAGCUAUUCUUCGCCAUCGCCGGGCAUAACAUGACCGUGGUAGAGAUCGAUGCGGUCUAUACGAAGCCAUUCUCGACGCACGCUCUACUCAUCGCGCCCGGCCAAACGACAAACGUAUUGGUCCGCGCCAACCAAAUCCCGGGGAGAUACUUCAUGGCGGCGCGGCCUUUCGUCGACGUCCCCAUCCCGAUCGACAACAAAACCGCGACGGCUAUAUUGCAAUACAAAGGAGUCCCCGACGCCAUCGUCCCGACACUUCCUUCCUUACCUUCCCCGAACGACUCGGCAUUCGCCCUCGACUACGCGCACCGCCUGAGGAGCCUGAAUUCCGGCAAGUAUCCGGCGACUGUCCCGUUGAAGGUCGACCGGAAGCUGUUCUACACGAUCGGGCUCGGCCGGAACGCCUGCCCGACAUGCGUGAACGGGACGCGCCUAACGGCGUCGCUCAACAACAUAUCGUUCGUCAUGCCGGAGGUCGGACUGCUCCAGGCGCAUUACUUCAAUAGGAAGGGAGUUUACGCCGCUGAUUUCCCCGACAAGCCGCCGACGGCGUUUAACUACACUGGAGCUCCGGUGACGGCGAAUCUCAGGACGGCGAGGGGGACGAGGCUGAGCAGAAUACCGUACAACACGACGGUGGAGCUGGUGCUGCAGGACACCAAUUUGCUGACUGUGGAGUCGCAUCCUUUCCAUCUCCAUGGCUACAAUUUCUUUGUGAUGGCCACCGGAAUCGGGAAUUUUGACCCGGCGAAGGAUCCGGCGAAGUAUAACCUUGUUGAUCCACCGGAGAGGAAUACCGUCGGAGUUCCCACCGGAGGAUGGACUGCAAUUCGAUUCAGAGCAGAUAAUCCAGGGGUGUGGUUCUUGCACUGUCAUUUGGAACUGCACACAGGAUGGGGACUGAAAACGGCGUUUGUGGUGGAAGAUGGAGCAAAGCCUGAUCAGAAAGUGAUUCCUCCACCCAAGGAUCUGCCGCCAUGUUAGGGAAGGACGAACACGAACUUGAACAAGAACACGUUGUUGUUGAAUCGAUCAAUGCUGCUUUUCUGGGGCUUCUAAAUGUAGAUAAGAUUAUUACAGUGCCUCAAAGCAAGAACACUAAGAGGCAGUCUUAUGUAUGUAUAUGUAUAUGUAUAUAUAUAGUCUGUGUGUUUGGAUUUGAGGAAAUUUCAGAGAGAAGACUUGAAAGAAGAAGAAGAAGGAGGAACUGUGUGUGUUUGUUCUUUGAGUUAAGGCAGGAUUGGUCUGUCUGUGAUUGAAUUUGUUUCGUUGUAAUAAAAAAU